UUUGACAAUCACUUUCUUUAUAUACUUACAAAAAUAUAAAUAAUUUAAUUAUACUCUGAUUUCAAUGACUGUAAUUUUAAGACUUUUGUAGUAAUAUACGUAAAGAAUAUGAUUGAAUAGUUAUUAAUAAUUUGUUAAUUACACUGGUACAAUUGUGUGUUUGAAAUUAGUAUCAAAUGUUCUAGUCUGUGUAAAAGUAAUACAAAAUAAGCGAAAUAAUGGAAUCACUGUCAAAACAAGAGUUGAUAUCAACUAUUACCAAACAGGCGGACCAAAUUAAACGUUAUGAAGCACGAUUAAGAGAUGUUGUUGCUGCAUACAAGGGACUUGUUAAAGAAAAGGAGGCUUUAGAAAUAAGUUUGAAGGCUUUGAACAAGACUGAAUUGCCCAGUGAAGGAGAUGACUCAGUGGCAGCACUCACUUUGUCCCUCUCUACAUUGACUGCAGAGAAAGCUCGAAUGGAAGAGGCUUUUCAAGCAGAUAAAAAAGUUACAAGAGAUAAGUAUGAGAACGCAAUAGCUGCAUUGAAAGAGGAGACGAAAUCAUUAGUGCAGCAGCAUUUGGCUGAAGUGAACAGUCUCAAAUCGAAGAUAGCCUACGAGAUACAGGAGAGAGAGAACGAGAGGGCUGAUCACAUGGCUAUGAUAAAGGAACUGAAUGUAAAGUUGAAUUCGGAAAGAAAGAGUAAGGAGAAAUUGGAGGACAAAGUUGUUACAUCGUCAGAGAGUCAAGCAUCACAAGCGGAACUGGAGAAACGUGUCCGGGAUUUAAGCAGUUCGCUGGAAGCGGCCCAGCGACAGUUGCAACGAGCGGAGGCCCGUACGGUAGAGACGCCCGCGCUGCUAGUUCGCCUGCAGCAGAAGCUUGCGUUGCUAGAGCAGUCGCACUCCAUCGCUAUUAGGGAGGAGCAAAUAAAAGCGAAGCGCUGCGAGGAGGCUGCCCGCAAGAGCUGCGCGCGGCAGGAGGAGCGCGUGGCGCUGCUGGAGGGCCGCGUGGCGGAGCUGUCGCACACGCUCGGCCAGUACGACGCCGCGCGCCGCCACGACCGCCGCACCAUCCAGCGCCUGCACGCCGCGCUCGACGGCCGCCUGCUGCGGGACAUCGCGCCCUCACACGCCGCCGCCGCUGACGCCGCCGACACACACGAAGAGCCACAGCAAAAAAGUGAGACUGACAAUGAAAAACUAGCUGACAGUGAAUACCUACAUACAUUGAUCGACAAAAUACACAUACUGAAGAAAGAGCUUAUAGCUGAAAACGAUAAAUUGGGAAGCCCCAUCGAUAUCACCACAGUAUUCAAAGUCGAUGGAUAUGAGAACAUACAUAUCAAGUGUAGAGAAGAAUAUGACGCCCUCAAAGCUGAGUUUGAGGCAUAUAAAGUUCAGAAUUCGAAGAAGAUAAUCAAUGUCGAUGAGAGUGAGAUAGAAGAUCUGAAGAGUGAGAUGGCGAUGCUUAAAGAGAAGUUGGAAACAUACAAGAUGUUGUUAGACGAAGAGAAACAAGAUAAAGCUGAUACUUUAAAGCUGUAUGAGGAGAAAAUGAAAAGCGAGCAAGAUUAUUACAAGGAGCUAAACUCAGACCUCAAGACCAGGGUGCAAAGCUUAGAGAAGCAGGUGCAAACACAGAGGGACCGCUACGCCGCCCUACUGGAAGAGACCGACAACUACAUACGCUCCAGGAACGACCGCUCAAGGAAGGUCAGCGUCGAAGAUGGACAUUGGAAGGAGGGAAUGUUGACGGACGUGACGGCACCGCCGCAUAUGUUACACUAUGCGCACGAGUUGGCCAGGAAGGAUUUAGACAUAUCGCAGCUCAGGAAGGAGAAACAUAUACUUGAAGGACAGUACAGAGAUUGCCAACGUGAAGGUACAAUUGAAAAGGAACGUUUCAAAGAAGUGAUAAGGACGUUGAAAGAAGAGAUUGACAGACUAAGAAGAAUCCAGUCCCGCGAAGGUGCAAAUCUCGAAUAUCUCAAAAACGUGGUGAUGGCAUAUCUAAUGUCUACAGACUACGCUGGUCGUAAACACAUGCUGAACGCAAUAGCAGCAGUCCUACACUUCACUACCACUGAGAGGAAUCUGGUUAUGUCUAAUUUAUAAGUGUCUCUGUUUACACCUCAGUGUACCUGGCGUGAAUAUAUACAUAGUUUUAAUAGAACUUGAUGGAAAUGUAAACUGCAAAUAGACAGGUUGUUGGAGUCUGAAACACAUUCGUUAAAUGGUUGUAAAUUGGUGUACUUCAGAAUUAGGUUUGGCGAUUCUUACCGUAAAAGAUCGAUUUUUUAAUCGGUUCGAUAUCGUAAUUUGGUAAAUCGAUUCACAAAAAAAUCGAAGAUCGAUUUCUUAAUGUUUAUUUUUUACAACUUUGUCAUUUUAUUAUAAAUUUAAAUUCAAAUAUGGAGGGAGACUUUGUACAAAAGUCGAUUGCUUGGGUACCUCUGUUCUAUUCGUGUUUCAACCGUGAAGCAGCUGUGUUUGCAUGGCUGUGUUUCGGUUUGAAGGGUGGGAUAUGGCGUGAAUUUACUGGGUACAGAGGAAUAACGCCUGAGUCCUCAGGAAUGGCAACGCAUGGUGGGUAUCAUGGGCGUAACAGUAUACUCUGUUAUGUCUAUGGUACUGCUCAUGUCUAUAGGCGACGGUUACCACUUUCCAUCAGGUGGGCCGUCAGCUUGUUUGCCAUUCUAAGUUGUAUAAAAAAAAACCUAAAGAUUUCCUCUCACGACUCACAUAGCGGAAAUAAAUUUCAUGUCACAUUUUUAUUUUUAUUUUUGUGCACAUAUAAUUUGAAUGAUGCUAAGUAUUGCCAGACUUCGUUUCAAAAUAAACCUCUCUAAGGAAGUGUAAAUUCAUUAUCAGUCCAGCCACCGUAGACAUGUUUUCGUAACUGCUUCACGGUUGAAACGCGAAUGGGACAAAUUUCUCGCCACAUGGUCGUAAGGAACAUUCCUUAAUAAUAAAUAAUUUAUUGAAAUUAUGUUAUUAAAACUUUUUGUUAUUAAUUAUAGUAUAUUAUGUAGACGUAUUGAAAUAAAUAAAAUGUAUUUUAUUACUGUU